AUGUUCCUUUUGCCAAGGGAAGUAAUGAGGAAGUACGCCAUAUUUUCCUUAGCAAUCAUACUGUUGCUAUUUACAGUAGUGAGCAGUGAGCCUGGUGAGCGCGAUGCGGAGUCCGGGGUGAAGAGAGGGGACGAAAAGCAGAACCUCGUCCUCACUAAGCUAAUUGUUCUCAACCGUCAUGGUCACCGCGCCCCUAACGCCCCCUACUGGUCCAUGUGCCCCAACGACAGAAAAAACCGCCGCAAGUACAACGUUGGCGCGGAGGACCUUACGGCGCGCGGCAUGAAGGAGGAGUAUGAAUUGGGGGAGUAUUUACGGAACGCGUAUCGCGACUUUAUUGGACCUCGCUUCAACCGAAGUCGGCACUUCCUGCGCGCCGUGGGCGAACCCCGAAUUCUGCAGUCCGCUCAGGCGGUUGCCCAAGGGCUCUUUCCUGAUGGUUAUGGGCCCGGUGGCUAUCUUCCGCGACAACCUCAGUUUGUGCCCGUAUUUUCUGAUAUGGAUACUCAUGAAUAUCUUCUCGACGACGUACCGUGCUUCCGCCGCGCUGAGAGGGAUAUGCGCAGAUGGUUGAACACUAGCUUGAGUGACUUCAUUGCUGACCCUAAAGUCAGCGAGGUGUUAAACUAUAUGAAACGGAUGUGUGGGGUGUCUGAGAAGGACAUGCCACCCGUAUAUGCUUUUCUGAAAACUGUAGCCGACGGGAUGACAUUCAAUGCCGAUUUCGGACUGAGCGUGUGCCAUGGGAAGGUAACACCCGAAAUGCUCUUCAAAAUACGCAAAGUAUCACUACGACUUCUUAUGGCGCGACUUUAUCACACUGACGAGCAACAAACCUACACCUCUGUAGAUUUACCAUACCGGAUACUCUAUAUGCUAAAUCGGUCAACCUCCCCAGGUGCGAAGGGAGUGAACGAUUACUCCGACACAGAGCAGGAAGCCAUCCUGUAUUUUAUGCAUCGCGAGGCCCUGUACGCUGUUGGAGAGUUCUUUGGUUUCACAUUUAAUGUCCCAGGUCUGCCGCACGGGGAGCUGCCAGUGGCUUCUACAAUUGUAUGGGAGCGGUUGGUUCCUGAGAAGAGCGUCGGGGAAGAGAUUGUGCCAUCAAGAACGUACGUGCGUCUCAUACUAUGGACACCAAAGGAUGGUACAGCCACGGUUGCCAUACCGCACUGCAGAACACCCCAGCUUUGCACACUCAAAGAACUUCAGGAUAUAUACAGUGCGCGGGUGAAGCGCACUGGAUCGUGGUUGAAGCUGUGCAACUUCACAAUCACAGAAUUAGACCAUGACACGGACAUUCGUUAG